GUUGCUGAUGCAGAUGGGAAAUUUCUUGUAACGCGUAAAGAUUAUCAAGACCUUCGGAAUUGUUAAGAAAGAGACUCCUGUUGUCUAAAAUUCAUGAGUAGCACUGAACAACCUUUUAAGUUCUAAUCUUGAGUUCUUAUUUAUUCAAGAUGGCUACCAGCAUGUUACCUUCUUCGUGUUGGGCAAAAAGAAACUGCAUGCUGUUGAACAUUAUUUCACUUGAAUCAUUUAUUCAUGGAUGACCUGAAUGAUGACAGUGAGAAUGUACAGAACAUUAUUGAUCAUCUUGAGGGAGCGGAUGUAAAAAAUGUGAAUCCUAUCAGUGUGGGAGGAGAAGCCGUCAACAUUAAAUGUCUGUGGAGCGAGGGUGAUGGCCAGCUUAGUCUGGAGGUUCUUCAAGAUGGAAUAAAAGUGAAAACACCAGAUGAAGAUCCAUCUCUAGGAGGUCGUGAAAUCAGCGAAAAUAGCAGUGAUCACAUUCUCAACAAUGCACAUGAACUCCAUGUAAAUCAACUAAAACAAGAAGCUGAAUCUGAUGAGAACUCAAUUUUGACAGCUGGAGAGAUUGCUGAGGGACAUAUUUUGCAAGUACAUGAGAAUGUAGGGACAAUACUGUCAGAUAGCCCGGGAAAUAUGCCUGUCAGCACAAGUCUUGCUGGUGAUCUUACUUCCCAGGCAGCACAAGAUGUUAUACAACUUCUCCUCCCAGCUUCAGAUCAGAAUGCAGGGCACUGCAGCACUGGUUUACCACCAAUCAAUCUCGAUACAAAUACUGGUGAUUUAGGUACUCCACCCACACAGACAAUUCAGGCCAUUACACUAUCUGAUGGAAACACUGCGUUUAUACAACACCCAGCAGGUGGUUCUAAAUUCCUGGAGGGACAAACAAUUACACUAGAUGAUGGUACCACAGCAGUUAUACAAGCUAUCCCAGACAAAUUGAAUCUAAUGACAUCAGUACAAAAUCAAAACAUGGUACGGACAGAUGGCAGCAAUAGCGCAGCAGUACAUUUAGAGGAUACAGCAUUCCUAAACCAAGCUGUCAAAGAUGGAUUACAAGCAAUUAUUUUGGAAGAUGGAACAACAGCUUACCUUGCCACACAGCAGACACCAGGUGGUACUGGGGGACUUAUAGAUAGUGCUCAGUUAGAGGCUACGACCUUGACCUUGGACCAGCUCACCUCUCCAGCAGUGUCUGGUGUUCAGACAGUACUUACAAAUGGACUUGUCAAUGUGGAUCCUAAACCAUUGACUUCUACUACAGCAGAAUCUGAAGUUACAACAGUGCAUGGGUGUGACAGUAAAGGAGCUGUUGCACUACCUACCUACACAACAGACAAGGUAGGACCAUUCCUAGAGAAGGCAUACAGAUGUGGUUUUGAAGAAUGUGGCAAAUACUAUACAACUCUGCAUCAUUUAAGGGUACAUGAGCGUUCACAUACUGGAGAUCGGCCAUUCAAGUGCGAGUAUGAGAAUUGUGGUAAGGCAUUUGCUACAGGUUACGGUCUUAAGUCACACACAAGAGUUCAUACAGGUGAAAAACCCUACAAAUGUCAUGAAGAAGGCUGUGACAAAGCAUUUAAAACAUCGGGAGAUCUACAGAAACAUAUCAGAACACAUACAGGAGAGCGACCAUUUAAGUGCCCUUUUGAAGGCUGUACGAGAUCAUUUACCACUUCAAAUAUCCGGAAAGUUCACAUUAGAACACAUACCGGGGAACGACCUUAUUUAUGUCCACAGGAAGGGUGUGGAAGGGCUUUUGCUUCAGCAACCAAUUAUAAAAAUCAUGUCCGCAUACAUACUGGGGAGAAGCCCUAUGUUUGUACUGUAAUGGGUUGUGGUAAACGUUUCACAGAAUACUCUAGUCUAUACAAGCAUCAUGUUGUACACACACAUGCCAAGCCAUAUACCUGCUCUAGAUGUGGUAAGACAUACCGGCAGACAUCUACACUUGCCAUGCACAAACGUACUACACAUGGAGAGGAUGUUACAGCUGAAAGUGAAGCUCUACUCUACCAAGAACAGGCACAAGGUGAAGGGUUGGAGCCCCCUGGCAAGCGUAUGAGACUAGGACUGGUAAAUCAAGAUGAUCUCACUGAAGAUGGGGAAGGUGCUCUUGUCAUUAAUGCACCUGAUGCUACACAACAGUUGGCAUUUGUUGGAUCUGAAGGUUUAACAACUGGUGUAGACAUUCUACAAUCGCCACUCCACAGUCAGACAACUUUGUUACAACAGGCUGGGGUAGCUUUUACCCUCAGUGAUCAGGGUCAACAAGUGUUUGUUAUUACAGAUCCUGCUCAGCUAGAAGCAUUACAGCAAAUUGCAAAACACCAGUUGGAAAGUGAUAGUGAUCCGCAGUCUCUUCUGACAACAACCUUGACCUCAGAUGAUAUAAAUACAGCUCAGAAUACUGACAAUAUUGUUACAAUGGUAACAGAAAUAACCACAGAAUCUGAAGCGAAAAAUAAUCCCAUAGUAACAGUAACUUCUGGGGAUGUGACUGAUAUAGGAAAUGAAUAGUGUUAAGUGUGUUUUGCAGCAAGCAUUCUACAUAUAUUCCAAUAUAUCAAAACCAACAAGACUGUAAUUUCAAAAUUUAUUUCAUGGAUGAUGCAGUAUGGCAUAAUUUUAUACUCACUCAGAAAAAAGGAGGUUUAUUAGUCCCCUACUGGUUGAAAACUAGUUUCGUGAACUAUAUGAAUGCGCUGUUCCGUCAUUCCGUCUGCAAUUUCGUGUCCGGUCCAUAACUCUUGUCAUUCGUGAAGGGAUUUUAAUAUUACUUGGCACAAAAUUUAAUGUUCCCCAUGAUGAGACUACGUUUCAUGCGUAAAACCCGGACCCUGGUUCAAAGGUCAAGGUCACAGUUGGAGGUCAAAGGUCAACAGGGCUUUUUUCCUAUCCGGUCCAUAACUCUGCCAUCCAUGAAUGGAUUUUAAUAUUACCUGGCACAAAUGUACCUCAUAAUAAGACGAUGUGUCGUGCACAACUUUCAGACCCCUAGCUCAAAGGUCAAGGUCACACUUGGCAGUCAAAUGUUAACAGCAUGAACAGGGUCAGUUUUGUGUCCGGUCCAUAACUCUGUCAUUCAUCAACAGAUUUUAAUAUUACUUGGCACAAAUGUUCCCCAUGAUGAGACGACUUGUCAUGUGUAAAACCCAGACCCCUAGCUCAAAGGUCAAGGUCACAACUGGAGAUCAAAGUCAACAGGAUUUUUUUCCUGUCCUGUCCUGUCCAGAACUCUGUCAUCCAUCAAGGGAUUACAAUAUUACUUGUCAUGCACAACACCCAGAACCCUAGCUUAAAGGUCAAAGUAACAUUUGGAGAUCAAAGGUCAAUAGGAUUUUUUUUCCUGUCCGGGACAGGAUUUAAAAUAUCUUAAAUAUCAGUUGGCACAAAUAUUCCCUUCUUUCAUAACCUGCGCCCUUAGCUGAAAGGUCAAGGUCACACUUUGAAGUCAAAGGCCAAAAGGGCUUUUUUCCUGUUCAGUCUGUAACUCAACAAUCCGUAGAGGGAUUUUAAUAUUAAUUGGCACAAAUGUUCACCGCUAUGAGGUGGAGUGUCAUGCACAAGAACAAGGUCUAAGGUCAAGGUCACACUUAGAGGCCAAAGGUCAGAUACAAGCAUGACUUUGUCUGGAGCAUUUCUUCUUCAUGCAUGGAGGCAUUUUGAUAUAACUUGGCACAAAUGUACACCACCUUGCGACAGAUUGUCACGCACAAGAACCAGGUCCCUAGGCCUAAGGUCAAGGUCACACUUAGAAGUCAAAGGUCAAAUUCAAGAAUGACUUUGUCCGUAGCAUUUCUUUUUCAUGCAUGGUUGGGUUUUGAUGUAACUUGUCACAAAUGUUCAACACCAUGAGACACCUUUGUUUUUAGAAUUACUUCCAUUUGUUUUUCUAUUAAUAGCUUAUAUUGUAACUUUUUUAGCUCGACUUUUCGAAGAAAAUGUAGAGGUAUUGCACUCACCCCGGCGUCGGCGUUGGUUAAAGUUUUUGAUAAAGUCAAAUAUCUCUGUUACUAUCAAAGCUAUUGACUUGAAACUUAAAAUACUUAUUUACUAUCAAAGUCUACACCAGGAGAAACAAUCCCCAUAACUCUGAUUUGAAUUUUGACAGAAUUAUGCCCCUUUUUAACUUAGAAUUUUUGGUUAAAGUUUUUGAUAAAGUCAAAUGUCUCUGUUACUAUCAAAGCUAUUGACUUGAAACUUAAAAUACUUAUUUACUAUCAAAGUCUACACCAGGAGAAACAAUCCCCAUAACACUGAAUUGAAUUUUGACAGAAUUAUGCCCCUUUUUAACUUAGAAACUUUGUUAAAAUUUUUGAUGAAGUCAAAUAUCUCUGUUACUAUUAAAGCUUUUGACUUGAAACUCAAAACAGUUAUUUACUAUCAAAAUCUACACCAGGAGACACAAUUCCUAUAACUCUGGUUUGAAUUUUGACAGAAUUAUGCCCCUUUUUAACUUAGAAUUUUUAGUUAAAGGUUUUGAUAAAGUCAAAUAUCUCUGUUACUAUCAAAGCUAUUGACUUGAAACUUAAAAUACUUAUUUACUAUCAAAGUCUACACCAGGAGAAACAAUCCCCAUAACUCUGAUUUGAAUUUUGACAGAAUUAUGCCCCUUUUUAACUUAGAAUUUUUGGUUAAAGUUUUUGAUAAAGUCAAAUGUCUCUGUUACUAUCAAAGCUAUUGACUUGAAACUUAAAAUACUUAUUUACUAUCAAAGUCUACACCAGGAGAAACAAUCCCCAUAACACUGAAUUGAAUUUUGACAGAAUUAUGCCCCUUUUUAACUUAGAAACUUUGUUAAAAUUUUUGAUAAAGUCAAAUAUCUCUGUUACUAUUAAAGCUUUUGACUUGAAACUCAAAACAGUUAUUUACUAUCAAAAUCUACACCAGGAGACACAAUCCCUAUAACUCUGGUUUGAAUUUUGCUAGAAUUAUGCUCCUUUUUAACUUAGAAUUUUUAGUUAAAGGUUUUGAUAAAGUCAAAUAUCUCUGUUACUAUCAAAGCUUUUGACUUGAAACUUAAAAUACUUAUUUACCAUCAAAGUCUACACCAGGAGAAACAGUCCCCAUAACUCUGAUUUGAAUUUUUGACAGAAUUAUGCCCCUUUUAACUUAGAUUUUUUUGGAUAAAAUAUUUAAUAAAGUCAACUAUCUCUGUUACUAUUAAAGCUUUUGACUUGAAACUGAAAAUAGUUAUUUACUAUCAAAGUCUACACCAGGAGACACAAUUCUCAUAACUAUAAUUUUAAUUUUAACAGAGUUAUGCCCCUUUUUAACUUGGAUUUUUAGCUCACCUGAGCAAUGCUCAGGUGAGUUUUUCUGAUCGCUCAAUGUCCGGCGUCUGGCGUCUGUCGUCUGUCAACAUUUAGCUUGUGUAUGCGAUAGAGGCUGUAUUUUCCAAUUAAUCUUCAUGAAUGUUGGUCAGAAUGAUAACCUUGAUGAAAUCUAGGCCGAGUUUGAAAAUGGGUCAUCUCGGGUCAAAAACUAGGUCACUAGGUCAAAUCAAAGAAAAACCUUGUGUAUGCGAUAGAGGCUGUAUUUUUCAAUUAUUCUUCAUGAAUAUUGGUCAGAAUGAUAACCUUGAUGUAAUCUAGGCCGAGUUCGAAAAUGGGUCAUCUCGGGUCAAAAACUAGGUCACUAGGUCAAAUCAAAGAAAAACCUUGUGUAUGCCUUAGAGGCGGUAUUUUUCAAUUGAUCUUCAUGAAUUUUGGUCAGAAUGAUUACCUUGAUGAAAUCUAGGCCGAGUUCGAAAAUGGGUCAUCUGGGGUCAAAAACUAGGUCACAAGGUCAAAUCGAAGAAAAACCUUGUGUAUGCAAUAGAGGCUGUAUUUUUCAACUGAUCUUCAUGAAAUUUAGUCAGAAUGAUUACCUUGAUAAAAUCUAGGCCGAGUUCUAAAAUGGGUCAUCUGGGAUCAAAAACUAGGUCACUAGGUUAAAUCGAAGAAAAACAUUGUGUAUGCAAUAGAGGAUGUAUUUUUCAAUUGAUCUUCAUGAAAUUUGGUCAGAGUGAUUGCCUUGAUGAAAUCUAGGUCGAGUUUAAAUAUGGGUUAUCUGAGGUCAAAAACUAGGUCACUAGGUCAAAUUAAAGAAAAAUCUUGUGUAUGCGAUAGAGACUGUUUUUUUCAAUUGAUUUUUAUGAAAUUUGGUCAGGAUGAUUGCCUUAAUGAAAUCUAGGUCGAAUUUGAAUAUGGGUCAUCUGAGGUCAAAAACUAGGUCACUUGGUCAAAUCAAAGAAAAAACUUGUGUAUGGGAUAGAGGCUGUAUUUUUCAAUUGAUCUUCAUGAAUUUUGGUCAGAAUGAUUGCCUUGAUAAAAUCUAGGCCGAGUUUGAAAAUGGGUCAUCUCGGGUCAAAAACUAGGUCACUAGGUCAAAUCAAAGAAAAACCUUGUGUAUGCAAUAGAGGCUGUAUUUUUCAAUUAUUCUUCAUGAAUAUUGGUCAGAAUGAUAACCUUGAUGUAAUCUAGGCCGAGUUCGAAAAUGGGUCAUCUCGGGUCAAAAACUAGGUCACUAGGUCAAAUCAAAGAAAAACCUUGUGUAUGCGUUAGAGGCGGUAUUUUUCAAUUGAUCUUCAUGAAUUUUGGUCAGAAUGAUUACCUUGAUGAAAUCUAGGCCGAGUUCGAAAAUGGGUCAUCUGGGGUCAAAAACUAGGUCACAAGGUCAAAUCGAAGAAAAACCUUGUGUAUGCAAUAGAGGCUGUAUUUUUCAACUGAUCUUCAUGAAAUUUAGUCAGAAUGAUUACCUUGAUAAAAUCUAGGCCGAGUUCUAAAAUGGGUCAUCUGGGAUCAAAAACUAGGUCACUAGGUUAAAUCGAAGAAAAACAUUGUUUAUGCAAUAGAGGAUGUAUUUUUCAAUUGAUCUUCAUGAAAUUUGGUCAGAGUGAUUGCCUUGAUGAAAUCUAGGUCGAGUUUAAAUAUGGGUUAUCUGAGGUCAAAAACUAGGUCACUAGGUCAAAUUAAAGAAAAAUCUUGUGUAUGCGAUAGAGACUGUUUUUUUCAAUUGAUUUUUAUGAAAUUUGGUCAGGAUGAUUGCCUUAAUGAAAUCUAGGUCGAAUUUGAAUAUGGGUCAUCUGAGGUCAAAAACUAGGUCAUUUGGUCAAAUCAAAGAAAAAACUUGUGUAUGGGAUAGAGGCUGUAUUUUUCAAUUGAUCUUCAUGAAUUUUGGUCAGAAUGAUUGCCUUGAUAAAAUCUAGGUCGAGUUUGAACAUGGGUCAUCUAGGGUCAAAAACUAGGUCAUAUCUAAGAAAAUGCUUGUUUUAUCGCAAGAGACCAAUUUUUUUGUCCAAUAUUAAUGAAAAUUGGUCAGAAUAUUUGUUUCCAUGAAAUCACUAGGUCAAACAUGUUUUACACUGUUAUGUGUGUUUCUUAGGUGAGCGACCUAGGGCCAUCUUGGCCCUCUUGUUUUUUUUUUACUGGCAAAGCUCAAAUUCAGAGUCAAGCACUGAGAAAAGUCGAGCGCGCUGUCUUACGGACAGCUCUUGUUAUUACUGGCUGUACGGAAAAAUGGAGACCACUUUUCUGUGGUACAACAUGCAUGUUACAUCCAAUUUGUAGGUGUAUUUUGAUAUAUCUCUACCUGGUAAAGAGUUUUGUGUGGACUUAUAUUAUAUAGAUUUUUUUUAGGAUUUGUUGUACUUAUAUUAUAACUUUCUUAUAAUUGGCCAAAAAAAUCCAUAUGAAAAUAUAGGUGCUAGUGUAAAGAAAUUUGCAAUGACGGGCAUAUAUUGUGACAUUUUGGCAUUAUAGAUGUUAUGGAACAAUCAACAACUGGAGGUUUUUGUAUAUGCAAAUUUUAAUCCAAAUAUAUAGUACAAUAUUGUUUAUACAUCAUUGACAGAUAUCAGUUCAUUAUGUUAUACUGCAGUAGUGAAAAUUAGGAGCCUUCCAGUAGGGAACUUUGUAUUGUAUGGCAUUACUUCAUUCACUUAUUAAUUAUGUCCCUUACAUUCAGCCUGUCUGAUUCAAAGGUUCAGGGUGAGCUGUUGGUAGGUCCACCAUCUGUUGUCAACAAAUUAUUUAUUCAAAGAUCUACUUCUCAGAAAAUACUGGCUAAAAUUUCACUCAAGUUGGCUGGUAACAUCCUGGCAUGAACAGAACAGGACUUUUUCUGCCUGUUUUGUGAAAAAAAAUCUUAGAAAAUUCGGAAUUUUUAGCCAUAAAAAUGGCCAAAUUGGGAAAAUCUAUUGACAAAAUCAUUAUUUUGGACUUUGAUUUUGUUGCCAAAAAGUGGUGGUUAAUGCAUUAAGAAAUGUAAAGCAUUUUUCUGUAGUCAUAAUUUUGCAUGGGACCCUGACAGGUAUGAACAUUUUCUGACCAAGACUUAGGAUGACAAGUAGAAGGGUUUGGGUCUAGACUUCCAAAUCGAAGUCAAAAGCUCUAUAUCCCUGAACUUGGGAGACUUGACAAAUGUAUGUAUUCUCUGAUACAGGUUUCAGUGUCUAUACCAAAAGAUAUCAGAGGGAGAAAGUACAUGUAUCUUUUCCCAAAAGGACAGCAUGGUUUGCGUACACUUGGCGUGAAUAUUUUUUAAUUUAUCUCUGUAAUAUUUCGAAUUGUGUUACAUUUUGUUUUGUUGUAGCGAUUAACUCCCCUAUAUAAAGUUCUUGUGGUAGUAGAGGAACAUUCUGAAUGAGUUGCCAAGCUAAAAUCAGGCACCCGUAGUAUGGUACUUUAAUAGUUGCCAAAUGCUGGAUUAUUCAUGACGCAGAUUACAGCUCUGGUUUGGGAUUUUUUGGGGGAAUUGGAAAAAAUAUUCAUGUUUUGCGUUGGGAAAGGGUCUAAUAGACCAAUGAGAUAGGCAGAAAAAGGCCUGCAGAGAACUGAGGGGCUGCCAGAGUGUAAAAUAGGAAACCUUUAAUUGACUUCUUUUCCUGAACCACUGGAUUGAUCUUCAAUGCUUGGAAGAAGACGUCAUUACAAUAGUAGGGCAUUGAACAAUAUACAUUUUUAUUUCUGUAACUAAAAAUUCAUUUUGUUUAAUCAUUGGCCUUUCUAAUGUAUUUUGUUGAAGUUGUGUUUGUAUGUUAUUUUCUGUGUAAUCAUUGCUCCUCAGAUAAUGCAGUUCUUUGACAGACCAUUGCACUACAGUGUUCCAGUUUGGUAAACUUCAAUAUACAUAAGUGUAUUAAAUACAUGCUAAACAAAGUUUAUCUUUUGAGAUGUUAAAUACAUUGAUUUGUAAAGACCCAAAAGUAAAGAGACUAUAACGUUCAUAUGAAAAAAUAUUUGCUGUAAUACAUUUGUCUUAAUUUAUAGAUUGUUACCAUGCAGAAUUUUAUUAAAAUUGUUUACUAGUUA